GCGGCGCGGGGCCGCCGCGGGCGCACGUGGCCCCGCGCCCCAAAAAGGCGCGGGCGGCCCGUGGGAGCGGCCACUGCGAGCCCCGGCCCCCGGUGCGCGAGGGACCCGCGGCAGGCUGCGGAGCGGCGGCGGCUCCCGCCCCUGCGGAGGCUUCCGCGGGCUCGAGGCAGCCCGCCCCGCCGGCACCAUGAGCCUCACAGCCGAGAGCCACCGCAUCCCGCUCAGCGACGGCAACAGCAUCCCGCUCCUGGGGCUGGGCACCUACGCCGACCCCCAGAAAACUCCCAAAGGUACCUGUCUGGAGUCGGUGAAGAUUGCCAUUGAUACUGGUUACCGCCAUAUAGAUGGUGCCUUUGUCUAUUUCAAUGAACACGAAGUGGGGCAAGCCAUUCGGGAGAAGAUUGCAGAAGGAAGGAUCAAGCGAGAAGACAUCUUUUACUGCGGCAAGCUGUGGAACACCUGCCACCCCCCAGAACUGGUACGCCCAACRCUGGAGAAAACACUGAAGAUCCUUCAGCUGGAUUAUGUUGAUCUCUACAUUAUUGAGCUGCCUAUGGCUUUCAAGCCUGGUGAUGCGAUCUACCCAAGAGAUGAAAAUGGAAAAUUUAUCUACCAUGAGACAGACUUAUGUGCCACUUGGGAGGCUAUGGAAGCAUGUAAAGAUGCAGGCUUGGCAAAGUCCAUUGGAGURUCUAAUUUCAACCGCAGGCAGCUGGAGAUGAUCCUAAACAAGCCAGGACUUAAGCACAAACCUGUCAGCAACCAGGUUGAAUGCCAUCCUUAUUUCACCCAGCCCAAACUCUUAGAAUUUUGCAGACAACAUGACAUUGUUAUUGUUGGGUACAGUCCACUAGGAACCUCAAGGGAUGAAACGUGGGUAAAUGUGUCCUCUCCUCCUUUGCUGAAGGAUACUGUGCUGAAUGCCAUUGGCAAAAAAUACAACAAGACAGCAGCACAAAUUGCUUUGCGUUUCAACAUCCAGCGAGGAGUGGUAGUCAUUCCAAAAAGUUUCAAUCCACAGCGCAUCAGAGAGAAUUUCCAGAUCUUUGACUUCUCUCUCACUGAGAAAGAGAUGAAAGAAAUUGAAGCUCUGAACAAAAAUGUCCGUUACGUGGAACUGUUGAUGUGGCGCGACCAUCCGGAGUACCCCUUCAGUGACGAGUACUGAAAACAAAGUGCAUCCAGGCAGAUUCCUAACUCGACGUCGUUAGACUUCAUUGAAACCUACCCCAUGUUUGGUGCUUCAAUUUUAUGGGA